AUGGGUGUAUUUAUUACAGCUUCGUGCACUGUACCUGAAAUGGGAACUCAGCGCCUCGAAACGAAAAACGAGCAUUACUCAUCCUUGUCUGCGCCUUUCGCUUCCCUACACACAAGAAAACCGAAGCGCUGCGAGAUGAAGGGACGCCCUCCUUCUCGUCUCUUGCACUUCGCGUUGCCGCCUCCUUCACCACUUCUUCUAUCCCCGACUAUCCGCCUCACCCAUGGCCGAUGA